UCUUCGAGUAGCGUGAGAGACGUUAAUGCUCUUUUGCUUUUAGGAUUUGGUUAAAAAAUAAUGAAAAGAAUUGUCAAGAAUUUUCGGAAACAAUUUCAUAGUUAAUAAUGCGGUCAGUAAUGUCAAAAAUAUAAUGGUUUUAUUGUUUACUGAAGAUAGCGUUAUAUCUAAAAGAUGUUCUGGAGUGAAAGAGUGGUAUUAAACGUUCUUCUAGUGUGUUUUUGAAUGACAUCUGAAUCCUUCUGCGCGCUAGUUCACGCAGAUUUGCGAACCAACUUGCCCUGUAACAGAUUCUGAUGGCCUGUCCAAAGCUCUGCAGCUAUGAAUCGCUACGUGACUCUGAGUCCUUUAGGUGAUGGAACGUAUGGUGAUGUUGUUCUCGGUAAGCGGUUGGACACUGGAGAAAAAGUUGCGAUCAAAAGAAUGAAGAAAAAAUAUUAUUCUUGGGAUGAAUGUAUGAGUUUGCGAGAAGUAAAGUCUCUUCAGAAGCUAAGUCAUACAAAUUUGGUGAAAUUAAAAGAAGUCAUCAGAGAAGACAAUACCUUGUAUUUUGUUUUUGAAUAUAUGAAGGAGAAUCUCUACCAGCUUAUGAAGAGAAGGGAUAGACCAUUUCCUGAAACAGAAAUCAAAAAUAUUCUGUACCAAAUUCUUCAGGGACUACAAUUCAUGCACAAGCACGGUUUCUUUCAUCGAGAUUUAAAGCCAGAGAACGUGCUCUGCAUGGGACCGGACCUCAUCAAAAUCGCUGACUUCGGCUUAGCUCGAGAGAUAAGGUCGAGACCCCCCUACACCGAUUACGUUUCAACGAGAUGGUAUAGAGCUCCCGAAAUUCUGCUGAGAUCAACAAACUACAACUCGCCUAUAGAUCUCUGGGCUCUUGGCUGCAUUAUGGCCGAGCUAUACAACUUGCGACCAUUAUUCCCUGGAAGGAGUGAAAUUGAUCAGAUUUUCCGCAUAUCAUCUGUUUUGGGUACUCCAGACAGGCGUGAAUGGCCUGAAGGUUACCGACUAGCGGCUCAAAUGAACUUCCAUUUCCCCAAGUUUUCCCGACUCUCCUUGGCAGAUAUAGUACCCAGCGUCAGCAUAGAAGGCCUCACACUUUUGGAGGACUUGCUGAAAUGGAAUCCAAGUCUUCGACCAACAGCUUACUUGGCCCUUCGGUAUCCAUACUUUUCCGAAGAUCGUCAAGGAGUGGAAAAUCGCAAAAUCAGGAAUGCCGUAUCCUCCGAUUAUCGUGAAGAAUGGUAUCAAGGUUACUGGAGGCAAAACGAGCAAGUGACUCCUAGCCAAUCAGUUACCAAGAUACAACAAGCGAAUCCUUAUGAGAAUGAAGGCUACCAGAAUGAACAUAGAUUACCUCAGAAACCACGGAACUUUUCAUUGUCAUUUAGGGAUCCUAAAAUAAGCAGAUCUUGGCCAGCCCUUCAAGAAUUAGAUUCAUACGUUCUAGAUGAAGUUAGUUUGCACACAUUGAAGGGAGCCGAUGCGAAUAAAUUUCAAGUACAAAGAGCAGGUUUCCAUGAAGGCCAACAACCGAAGUUAGAUGACAGGAAGUAUGAAAAAUGAGAAGAUCUUGAAACAAACUUUUUGUAAAAUAACUAAAUAUGUAAUUAUUCAGUAUAAUAUACAUAUAUAUUUAUGUUUGAGAAAUAAAUUUGUA